AUGAACAGCACAGAUCUCAUACUAGACAAUAAACUCGAACAUUUCUCCUGGUGGUUCAAAGUGCCAAUGGUCACAUACCUACUGACGAUUUCUUCAAUUGGAGUUCCCGGCAACAUCAUCGUGGCCAUUAUUUACGGCAGAGAGCUAUCCAAAUCCGCCUGUGACUGGCUUAUUUUGACAAUGAGCAUCACCGACGCCUUUGUUUGUUUCUGCUCGCCCGCGCUUUACAUCAGGUCUUGUCUGAUGAUCCCGCUUCCGUGGAAGGCCAACUUCUUGUGUACACUGGAGUACUGGCUGCAGCUGACGGCCAUGUUUGCUUCCUGUCUGCUGCUGGCGAUCAUCGCCCUGGACCGGUACGCAAAGAUUUGUCGCCCUGGAUUAUCAUCCCUGACCCCAACGAUGGCCAGAAACGUCUGCGUGAUCACUGUUGUCAUCUCUGCUAGUAUUUGUCUGGCGCCUUUCUUCGGUGGAAUCAUGGAUUCUUAUUGCUACAUCAGUGAAAUCAGAGAAACGACUGUUACCAAAAUAUUCUUUACUUCUAUAUUCGGUUGCUAUGUAGUUUCAUUUUUGAUUGUUACGUUUGCAUAUGCCAGUGUGUGUCAAAAAAUCAACCAGAAAAUUAAACUGAAACAAAAGUUGUUAGAAAAUAAUGGACUCAACUUGUCCGCAAAACAAGAAAAUAAGCAGGAAGUAAAAACGUAUCUGUUUCAUCGUAUUAACUUGUGGCACCAGAUUUUGAAGUUUUUCCCUGUGAAGCUAAACAUGAGACGUCGUACCCAAAAUAAAAACCAGACUGAGGGUAAGACAAGCAACGAGUUUUUAUACUUAAAUGCCAACAUGGCGGGCAGUGGAGACAGCAGAUACAAUAAUGCCAAUCUCAGUUAUGUGGAGGAUUAUGGGAAAACUGGUUUUCGAAGUACAGAUGUGAAAAUCGACGUUUCUGAAGCAGAGAUCAUCUUGUGCGAUAGGCCAGACAACAAGUGGCACAGUCGACGGGAAACUAGCGAGGACGAAGUCACAUCUUGCAGUGCAAGCUGCAAAUCUGCAUUCCAUGGUAGCAGAGGA